AUGGCCAAGUGCGGCGGCGCCGGCGGGUACGAUAACCCGGCAGUCGGCCUAUGGGGUGUUUGUUUGAGUGCCCAGGCUGUGGUCGCUCUGAUUCUUUUACUUGUGGCAGCCAGUCCCCAUUUGCCGAAAGAACCUACAGAGGAUGCCGCGAUCGCAUAUGUUAACGCGAAGACUUUCGCGGGACUUGGCACGGCUCAUCUAAUUACUUGCAUGGCCAUGACCGCCCUCGUGUUCAUCGGUUACUUCUGCACCGCUUGCUUCCAACUGCCGCUGUGGAUCUGCGCCAUCCUGUUCCAGAUUCUGUGUCUCGUCACAUCCGGUUUUACUGGCUCUAUGCUGACGAGCUUGGACUCGAAAAAGAGCUCUGUUCUGGAUGAGAUGCGUCAGACCGGAAAGAAACCCGGCGAUGUAGUGGACUUUUCUGAGAUAUUCGUGGACGAGCAUGCGGGCAUGCUCCUUGCCGUCGCUGUUCUGGGGUUACUGAUGCCUGUUUUCAUCAGCCAGGCUAAGUCCAAGCAGACCUCCACCCCUGGCCACGAAGCCACUCUCUAUCCCGCGGCCACAAUUAUCUCUUUGGCGAGCGCCGGUAUCUUCUUGUUUUGCCGGGCUUCCUCGACUCUUGCCGGGCUGUCCAGCGCAUGGUUAAUCGUGGGAGCUGUUAUUACGAUCUCUGUCUCCAUUCAACAGUGCUGCUGCAGUCGCGUCUUGUCAAUCGUGUUGGCUGCAAUUUUUGCUUUGGGUGCCGUGUUCGCUGUCAUCUCCGCGGCGGUUGUCGGAAAAGCAUUUGAGAGCGGAAGGCAUUCGAUGAUGUUGAUUGACUCGAAGAACCCCUCUGCCGUCCCUGUUUCCCGCCUCGAUGACAACGAAUUCGAGACUUUCAAGAUUCACGUGCUUGCAGGCGAUGGUGUGUACUUGUUGAUCGGAUUCUGCUUCAACGUCUCUGCAUUCGUCUUCUUUGUCUACUCUGCUCUCGCCGCGUUCCGUAGCAUGUGCGCUCUCGGGAGGAAGACCUCGGUCGCGACCGAUGAGAGCGACAACGCGUAA